AUGCAUCCACAUGUUUCGUCGAGUUCGCAUUCGCUGCAUUCGUUCCGCUUGGCUGAGCUAGAUGUUAUUCCUUGGUUGUCCAAGGCUUUCAUGACCGCCUCCGCCUCAUCUGAGUCGGAGACCUUUCUCAAGUCGAUAAAGCAGCAUAAUGGAAUUGAUGAUGGAUCUUCGAAGAGAUGUCUAGUCUUCGAACACAUCCCUCCGCAAUCUUUUCAAUCUUCUGAACUCCUUCGAGCUUCCUUCGGUGUGUCUAAGAGGAACGUGACAGUGUUCACAGCUGAACGUGACGAAACGGAGAGUUGUGCUGAACAUUCAUGCUCCUUCUGUGGAUUUGGCCAUCCAGUAUUUUGGUAUCUUCCGCCAUAUGACCGUGCCAGUCGUACUGUUAAUAAGUACACAUUGAACAUGCUCAUGUGUCUGAUUGCGUUUGGCACGAAAACGAUCUCGAGAUGGUACAAAGCACGCGCAGUGUAA